AUGGGUUACCGAUCGAGGCAAUCCCAGGGUGACAAUUCAUCCGACGAUGUCGAGAUGAUCGACACCAACGUCAAGGGCGACCACCCCCCGGUUUACAGAGCGAACCGCGGUUUCGACACCGAAGAAAAGCCGAAGAAGAAGAAGAAGCCCGCCAAGAAGGGUCCUGUCCACGCUCCAUCUCCUGACGAUGGUUUGUACGCCCACUUGCCCCAGCGUGAGAGGGAAAUCCUCAAGAGUCAAAUUGAGGUCCGGAGUGAGAACUUGAACUUCUUCUCCCUGUACCGAUAUGCCACGGCAUACGAUUUCAUUAUUGUUGCAAUCAGUGCCAUCAUGGCCAUCGUCGCUGGUGUCGCUCAGCCUCUGUUCACUAUCGUCAUGGGUAAAAUGUCGACCAACUUCGGCUUGAUCGGCGCUGGAUUAAUUACCCACGAAUACUUUAACCACCAACUUGGCCACUACGUGCUGUACUACGUCUACCUUGGAAUCGCCCAAUUCUUCACCGUCUAUAUUAGCAUGGUUGGUUUCAUGCACACCGGAGAGCACAUCACUCAGGUUAUUCGUGAGAAGUAUCUGGAGGCCAUCCUGCGUCAGAACAUUGGAUUCUUUGACAAGCAGGGUACUGGUGAAAUCACUACCCGUAUUACCGCCGAUACCGACUUGAUCCAAAUGGGUCUGUCCGAGAAGGUUGGUUUAACCCUGCAGGCUCUCUCAACUUUCUGCACUGGUUUCAUUAUUGCUUUCAUCAAGUUCCCCAAGCUUGCUGGUAUCUGUUCGUCCACUGUUGUGGCCAUUGUCCUGAUCAUGGGAACUGGCUCCAAGUUCAUUGUCAAGUACGGUAAACUGUCGAUCAUCAGUUACGCUGCUGGCGGUUCGCUAGCCGAAGAAGUUCUCAGCUCCAUUCGCAGUGCUACUGCCUUCGGUAAUCAAGACAAGCUUGCUCGCCAAUACGAGGGCCACCUCAAGUUGGCUGAGAAGUGGGGCAUGCGUUUGCAAAUGACUCUCGGUGUGCUGGUAGCCUCCAUGUUCUCCAUCAUGUUCCUGAACUAUGGUCUUGGUUUCUGGCAGGGUGGUCACUACGUUGCGAUGGGUGAAGUCCCCGCUGGCAACGUCAUCACCAUUCUUAUGUCUAUCCUCAUGGGUUCCUUCAGUUUGGGCAACAUCAGCCCCAACUCCCAGGCUUUCACCAAUGCUGUCGCUGCCGCCACCAAGAUCUUUGCCACCAUCGACCGUGAAUCCCCCAUUGACCCCUUGAGCGACGAGGGUAUCAUCCUUAGCAACCUGAAGGGUGACAUUCAGUUCAACAAUGUGAAGCACAUCUAUCCCUCGCGUCCUGAUGUGACCAUCAUGAAGGGUAUGACCCUGACUUGCCGCUCUGGUACCACAACUGCCCUUGUCGGUCCUUCUGGAUCGGGUAAGAGUACCGCGGUUGGCCUUGUUGAGCGCUUCUACCUCCCAGUUCAGGGCAAUGUCACCCUUGAUGGUGUUGACUUGCAGAAGAUCAACCUCCGCUGGUUGCGCCAACAGAUCUCCAUUGUCAGUCAGGAACCUAUUCUGUUCGGAGUGACCAUCGCUGAGAACAUUCGGUAUGGUCUGAUUGGAACACGAUGGGAGCAUGAGCCCGAGAUCCGCAUCCGUAACCUGAUUGAGAACGCUGCUAAGAUGGCCAACGCGCAUGACUUCAUCAUGAACCUCCCCGAAGGAUAUGAGACCAACGUUGGUCAGCGCGGUUUCUUGCUUUCUGGUGGCCAGAAGCAGCGUAUUGCUAUUGCUCGUGCUGUUGUCUCCGAUCCCAAGAUUCUUUUGCUGGAUGAGGCUACCUCUGCCCUGGAUACCAAGUCUGAAGGCGUUGUCCAAGCUGCCCUUGACAAGGCAGCUGAGGGCCGAACCACCAUUGUCAUUGCCCACCGUCUUUCUACCGUCAAGAAUGCCCACAACAUUGUUUGCUUCGUGAAGGGAGAGAUUGUCGAGCAAGGAACUCACGACGCCCUGCUCUCCAAGGAUGGUGUCUACGCCAAGCUUGUCAAUGCGCAGAAGAUUACCGAGGAGAACGAUCGUUUCUCCGUUGCUACUGAUGAUCUUGACACUAUUGACCUGGAUGCUCCUCCACCAGCUGCUCGUCCCCGUAUCAAGACCAUGUGGCGUGCCGAUAUGGGCAACCCUGCCUCCAUGUUCCGUCCUGGCUCUCUUGCUCGUCCUGGCUCCAACGUCCGCCCGCCAUCUGCCCUGCACCCUGCGAUGCGCCGUAGUCGUCACACUGCCUACUUCACCCACGCUGCCAACCCUCGUGCCACUAUGCUGCUCAAGCCCGAAGAUGAGGCUGCCCUUGGUAUGUUCGCUGACGAUCUUGGCCAACGUAUGGAUGGUAUCCAGCCCGUCGAGCCGAGCGAGUACCUGCGUCACAGCUUCAUUGAAAUGAACGAAGGUGAUACCCAAUCUAUCUCCAGUUUCAUUCUUGCGGAGCACGAACCUGAGGAGGACGUCAAAUUCAGUCUGCUUUCUCUGAUCAGAUUCAUCUUUGGGUUCAAUGCUCGCCAAUGGCGAUUCAUGGUCCUUGGUAUGUUCUUUGCUAUUCUCGCUGGUUGCGGUCAGCCCACCCAGGCUUUCUUGUACGCCAAGGCUAUCUCUGCGAUCUCCGUCUACCCCGUUGCGGAAAAGAGACACCAGAUCGAACAUGACUCCAGUUUCUGGUCAUUGAUGUUCCUGGCCACUGGUCUUGUGCAGCUCUGCACUGCCUCCAUGAUGGGCAUUCUCUUCGCUUUCUGCUCCGAGCGUCUUGUUCGCAAUGCCCGGAGCCGUGCUUUCCGGACUCUGCUUCGCCAGGACAUCAACUUCUUCGAUCGUGAGGAGAACAGUGUUGGUGCUAUGACUUCUUUCCUCGCUGGUACCACCAAGUCUCUCGCGGGUAUCUCGGGCCAGACCCUCGGAACGAUUAUGAUGUGUACCACCACCUUGACUGGCUCCAUUGUCGUCGCCUUGUCCUUCGGUUGGAAGCUUGCCCUUGUGUGUAUGGUCGGUGUGCCGCUUCUCUUGGGUUGUGGUUUCUACCGUUUCCAGCUUCUUGCGCAAUUUCAGGCGCGCUCCAAGCAGGCCUACGCGUCGAGUGCUAGCUACGCCUGUGAGGCUGCCGGUGCUAUCCGUACCGUCGCUGCUCUCAGCCGUGAGCGAGAUGUUCUCGAACACUUCCACACUCAGCUUGAGGCUCAGACUGCACGCAGUCUUCGAUCCAUUCUCAAGUCGUCUACCCUCUACGCUGCUUCGCUGUCUGUCGUCUUCUUCUGUAUCGCCCUUGGCUUCUGGUGGGGUGGUACUCUGAUUGGCCGUGGCGAGUACGAUGUGUUCCACUUCUUCGCACAGAAUGCCGCCGCUGAGACCCGCACUCUGUUCGAACGUGAGCCUCCUAUUGAUACCUGGUCUGAGGCUGGUGAGCACCUCCACAAAAUGGAUGGUAUGGUUGAGUUUCGCAACGUCCACUUCCGUUACCCCACUCGUCCCCACCAGCCCGUUCUCCGUGGUUUGGACCUUGCCAUCUCUCCUGGUCAAUAUGUUGCCCUUGUGGGUCCCUCUGGUUGUGGUAAGAGUACCACCAUCGGUCUGCUCGAGCGUUUCUAUGAUGUCCUUUCUGGCGGUGUCUACGUCGAUGGCAAGAACAUCAUGGAACUGAACGUCAAUUCCUAUCGUGAUCAUAUCGGUCUUGUCAGUCAAGAGCCUACUCUUUACCAGGGUACCGUUCGUGAAAACAUCAUGCUUGGUGCCGAAGGCCGCAUGCUUCCUGAGGGCGCUGUCGAGAAGGCUUGCCGUGAUGCUAACAUCUACGACUUCAUCAUGUCUCUUCCUGAGGGCUUCGACACUGUCGUUGGUAACAAAGGUGGCAUGUUGUCUGGUGGUCAGAAGCAGCGUGUGGCCAUUGCCCGUGCCUUGCUCCGCAACCCCCGUAUCCUGCUUCUCGACGAGGCCACCUCCGCUCUGGACUCCGAGUCCGAGAAGAUCGUGCAGGAGGCUCUUGACGCUGCUGCUCGCGGUCGUACUACCAUUGCCGUUGCUCACCGUCUCUCUUCCAUCCAGAAUGCGGACAUUAUCUACGUGUUCGAGGCUGGUAAGGUCGUUGAGGCCGGUAACCACACUGAGUUGAUGCGCCGCAAGGGCCGCUACUACGAGCUGGUGCAACUCCAGUCUCUGGAGAAGGCGGGUUAA